CUUUGGCGCGGCAUACUUUCGGGCUUCGGGGUUGGAAAUGGCCCUGCUCCACUACACCUUCGACCAGCUCGGGCUGUACCUGAAGUGGGCUGAGGCCCAGUACGGAGAGCCCACUCUGAGCACGGUGAUCCAUCCGUAUCCGGGCGUGUUCAUCGGCAAUCUCAACCAGCUGAACGGCUUCAAGCGGCACGCCCUCACCUCCGUGGUGGGCAUCCUGUUCUUCCUGGCCUUCGCCGGGAACCUGAGCACGCUUUAUGUGAACACGCGCCGCAAGCUGCGACCCUUCUUCAGAGCCUGUCUCAUAUCGCUGGCCUGCAGUGACCUCGUCUCCAGCAUCUUCUGCACCGUGUCCUACAUGGCCCAGUUCCAGGCGGAGUACCUGCAGCUGUGGACAAUUGGCGGCUUCAUGUGCAAUUUUGUGCCCUUUAUAACGACCACAGCGGUGCUGUCCGGCAGCUUGACCCUGGUGGCCAUUGCCCUGGACCGCUACCUGGCCGUGAUGCGACCCGUGCUGGGAUUCUGGAACCCCGACAACCGCUUCAGCAGCCUGUGCAUGCUGCUCAUUUGGGCCUGCUCGAUUGGAGCCUCUGGACCGCUGCUGGGGAUCUACGAAUACAAGAGAAUCCGCCUCCUGGAUUGGGAUGAUGAAACGUACCAAUCAAGCGGAGGACUGCUGACGGUACUGCCGGAGGACUUGGUGGUCACCGAGCUGGAACUGGUGCACAUGUGCCUGGCCGGCGACCACGACAUCGGACUCUACUACGUCAUACUGUUCACCCUGAUUUUCCUGCCCUGCAUAGUGUCCUUCGUGUGGCUGAAUGCGGUGAUUGCGAGGCAGCUGUGGCUGCGCAGGCACUACCACCAGGAGCAGCAGGUGCAGCAGCAGGAGCCCAAGGAGGGUCAGUUCAAGUCGGUGGGUGGGGAUCUCCUGAUGCCCGCCACUCUGGUCAGUGCCAUGGGCGUGGCCCUGCCCUUCGCGCUGGAGGAGGCCUCGCUGCCGCCCAAGAGUGCUGCCAAGGAUCCUGCGAAGAAGACCACCGCUGCCGCCUUGGCCAGGGAGGCCAGGCACCGCCGGAUGGUGGUGGUGGUGCUCCUGAUGAUGGCCGUCUUCAUAUGUCUUCGACUGCCCGCCUGGGUCUUCCUGAUCAUGCGACUGUUCGGCACCUAUUCGGCGCCCAUCGACUGGCUGCUGUACUUCAGUUUCGGCAUCCUAAACCUGUUUAGCUGCGCCCUAAACCCCAUUUUCUACACAUUCCUCACCCAAACGAUCAGGACCGUGUCACUGGUCAAGCAGAAGGUACGGGGCUUCUUUGGCUGCGGACCUGGUAAAUUUCAGGAUGCCAUGCCCACUGAUCAGGUGGACAGGAGCAGGUGCUGCUGCGGCCUGCGGCCGUCCACCUUCACCUGGAGGUGCUAUCCCGCCCGGCAUACGGCCGCCACCUCUGCAAUGCGGGACGUCGACCAUCCGAAUGGAGUUUCUGGGGCAGUGCAGCCGGAUCCCAGUAGCCUGCGGCGGUUCCUCAGCCUGAAGGGGGAAGUGUUCACCAUUUACAAGCAGUGCGAUGACUCGUCGAGUGCGUCAAUCGAGUCCUCCGCCUGAUAGGCGGUGGUCAUAAAUCACCCGAGUGCAUUUGUCGGAUACGGGGGCCAACGGUUAGCAGAACUUGAUUGAUGGAUCCAGCCCCCACCUAUUCAGUCUGCUCAGCCGAAAAAGCGAUGGUCACGGUGGGCAUAUCACCUACAAAUACGCAUAUAAGCGCAUGUAUUAUGUACCCCAUUAAUGUGUAAAUAUGAGGAAUAAUGUGAAUGGGUGUUGGCAACAUAACUAACCAUUAACACUUGGCAUAAUCGAGAUCGGGAAGGUCUAAGCCAUUAUAAUAACUAAUCGCCACUUGAACACUUAAAAGCGUUUAUAAUUUAAAGUAGCUUUAGCUAUGGUGAAUCGGCACAGUCAGGGCCUAAGCAUGACAAGCACCUGUUUAU